CGCACACAGCUCGUCAUCAGUCAUUUUUGAACAUUUUUAACGUUCGUAUCGCAGUUCUGUAUAUUUCAUUUUGAUUUUAUUUGUGUUUAUAAAUCGAAAACAGCAACGAAAUGGCCAUCUUUAGUGACAUAGGCGGCAAAGGUUAUAAUUUAUUCGAACAAGAACGACUUGCCACAUUCAGAUACUGGAAAUUCAGUGAUGAUUUGCCGUGUAAUAAAUUUGCGUUGUCGGCUGCGGGUUUCUACAAGUGCAACACCGAGAAAGACGGCAGCGAUGAAUGCGUUUGUUUUUAUUGCGGAAAAGCACUGGGCGAUUGGGAUGCCGAGGACGAUCCGUUCAAAGAGCAUAAGGCUCAUUCAUCAAAGUGUAAAUUCAUCAAUUUAGGUCGUCGUGAAUCGGAGUUGAAGGUGAAGGAGUUCUUGGAUUUGGUGGAGUCAUGGUGUCUGAAUCAGAUGAACAAAUCAAUGGGAAUCGAAGCGGAAGAACGAAGCAGAGCUUUCAAUACCUUACAGGGAAUCAUUGAAGCCAAAUUUAGGAAGUAGACUCGUGGUCGAGAUCAAGUCCCGUGGGAGUCUGUACGUGCGAAGUAAUUUAUGAAAACUAUCGGAACUCGCUUGAAUAUUAAUUAAAGUGUCUUUUGGAACGGCA